CUUCCUAGUCUUACUAGUGUUUUGUGUGUUGACGACACACCCCACAUACACACACACACAGAGUCUUAGUCCUCGCUAGAUUCCAACGUUUUGGUGAAGAGAAAAGGAGGAAUCCAUCCAAUCCAGUCCGAUCCAAGACAAGAGAUCAUGGCCUCCCCGUUUGUCAACGCGAUGGUGCUGCUGUUUCUCCUCUGCGCAGCAGCAGCGGCCACCGGAUCGAACGAGGAAUCUCGGGAGGUUCUAGACACCACUCCCGCUUCUCCUGCUACUGUUCCAUCCCCAGCGCCAGUUCCAGCUCCAGUCUCUCCAGGUCCCUCUCCAGUCUCUCCAGUUCCAGCUCCAGCAGCUCCAUUAAACUGCACGUCCGCGUGCGAGACGAGGUGCCUGGUCGCAAAUCUCCACAAGCGGUGCCUCAAGUACUGCAACAUCUGCUGCGUCGCGUGCCACUGCGUGCCGUCGGGGCAUUCGGGAAACGAGGACGAGUGCCCCUGCUACCGAGACAAGAAGAACUCGCGAGGCGGUGACAAAUGCCCGUGAGUGGCAUUUCCAAGAGCUUUUCCCAUCGCUCUCGAUCUGUAUGAUUAGUAUCGGUGUGUUGUUGCUACGAGAGCGAAUUCUUGUCGAGGACCUGGGUAGUAUAAUAGAGUUUUUGUUUGUCGGUAGCUGGUUUCAUGUAGAAAUUCUAUUCUUCUUCAAUAAUAAUUAGUAAUAAUAAUAAUUA